AUGGAAUCUGAGACCCCCCUUGAUCAAAUACCCACCAAGCAACAAGGUCAUAUUCGACUUAUCACGUUCAACAUCAAUGGUUAUAGAACGGUUUUCCACUAUCAUCCAUGGAAUAAGUUGAGGAAAUUUUCAAACAUGUUCAACUCCUUAUAUGGAGACAUAAUCACACUACAAGAGAUCAAAGUAGCUGCUAAAGAUGUUGAUAAUAAUAUCGGAAGGUUGGAAGGUUAUAAUACUUUUCUGACUGUUCCAUCAUUGAAGAAAGGUUACUCUGGAGUUGGUGUUUAUGUUAGGGUUCCAAAAGAGGAUGAACCUGAAGCUGUUAAAACAGCACUCACUGUGGUAAAGGCUGAAGAAGGUCUUACAGGUGUUUUGAAAUCACAUGAUACAAAGAAAUCCUAUAAUCAGAGUGACAAUUGUAUUGGUGGGUACCCAAACCUUGAUGAGGAUGUUGCCCAUCAGAUUGACAGUGAGGGAAGAUGUGUUGUAAUUGAGACUGCAAAUAAUACUGUUGUGCUCUCGGUUUAUUGUCCAGCUAAUUCUAUGGGGACUGAAGAAGGAGAACAUUUCAGAAUCCAAUUUUUGGAAGCAUUGUUCUCGAGAAUAAGGAACUUGGAAGAGAUGGGCAAACAUGUUGUCCUUAUGGGGGAUAUCAACGUAUCCAGAGAUUUGAUCGAUAGUGCAGAUGGCAUUAACCAUCGUUUGAGAGAAGGACAAUUACUCAAGGUUCAAGACAAGUUUGAAGAUCUGAAUAGUGAACAAACUAUAAACUUUAUCAGGCGUUCUGUGCCGCGAAUGCUUUUGAACGAAUUACUGAUUGAUAGUAUUGAUCAAGAGAUGGAACUUGAGAAGCCAAGGAUAAUGCUGGACUUGGUAAGGAAAACUCAAGGAAGAAAACAAGGUCUUUAUACGGUAUGGAAUACUUUGAAGAAUUCAAGGCCUGGAAAUUAUGGUUCAAGAAUUGAUUUAAUUUUAGCAACUGAAAGACUGGCAGAAUGUUGUAAAGGUGCCAAUAUUUGGCCCUUCCUAAUGGGGUCUGAUCACUGUCCAGUAUAUUCAGAUUUUGAUGUCAGUUCAAUAUCAGGCGUGGCUUCAAAAGUUCCCCUUCCAAGGUUAGAGGCUAGAUAUGUUUACAAGUUAUCUAUGGGAAGUAUUGAUUCGAUGUUUGCAAAUAUGGCUAAACGUAAUGCUUCCACUAUAGUCAAUACGGCUGCUCCUGAAUCAAAGAAGCAAAAAGUCGACACAGUGAAGCCACAGAGAUCUCAAAACACUACUGCUAAAUCAAAAAUCAAACCACAAACUGAAGAUACAAAAAACAAGUCACCAUCAGCAACGCUUGGAUCCACUGGUCAAUUUUCACUGGUAUCAGAGGAGAUACCCAAGUGUCAGCAUAACGAGCCAUGUGUCUUGAAGACAUCCAUGACAAAAGAGAAUAAAGGAAAGAAGUUUUGGACUUGUAAGAGGUCUAGAGGGCAUUCAAAUACAAAGGAUGGUGAAAAAGAGUUCACCUGUGGUUAUUUUCAAUGGAAGUGA